GGCAGUGAUAAAAUGUCUACUCUGGGACAUACUCAGAGAUAGAGAAGAAUCAAUUUGUCCAAGGUUGUCCGCAGUCUGUAGAUGAACCUGGAGAUAACAUUUAAGGCUCUUAGCAAUAACCAUGUUAAUCUUCAUUUAUCAUUAGUUCGUCCCUUUCAGCAGAAUUGGCCAGGAUCUGCCCGGCCAUUGCUGCUGAGAAGCAGCUGCCCUUCUGCCCUGCACGGCUCACCCCAUGACUUGGCUCAGACAGAGCUCCCCGUGGAAGGCCGGCCAGCCCUGGGGUGCGUUCCUUGCCCAGACAACGCUCCGACUCCCUGGUUGGCAUCAGGCUUGGUUUGCAUCAGACUUGGUUUGCAUCAGAAUCCUGAUCACCGCUGUGCCCUGACUUACUGCUGGGCGCUGACCUCUCCUGGACUCCUGAUCGCCAGCGCUGUCCUGGGUCCUGAAAUCUGCCCUGGCCUCUGGUGAUCCCACCCACUGCCUCCACCACCGCCACUGCCUCCACCACCGCCACAGCCCUGUCCUCAGCCUGCCGUUCCUGCCCUACCUUACAGCCCGUGCUAGCUUGUGAUGUUAUGUCCUGUACGACUUAAGCUAAGGAGUGGACACUGGAGCCAAACUGUCAUGGUUUGGACCCCCUCCCCACCACGGACUAGCCGUACAGCUCAAGGUCUCGAAUCUUGCUGGGCCUCAGCUUCCCCAGCUGUAAGAUGGGGACAGUGGCAUGCAGCUUCAGAAGCUCUCUCUCUGUGUGAGUGUGUGUUUGUGUGUGUGUGUGUGUGAUGUGCAUGUGUGCAUAUACAGCUCUCAUAACAGGGACAGGCCCUAUACAAGUGUUUACCUGAUAUCUCAGCAAGGAAUGUUCAUAGAUUUUCAAGGUGUUGCUUAAGCCAUCUGUUCCACCUAAACAAACCAAAGAAGAAAGAGGAACCAUAGACCUUACUGCUUUUAUCCAUUAUUUCUUUAUGGUUGUAGAUGAUGAAGAUGAUGAUGAUAAUGAUGAUGAUGAUAAAGACAGUAGGAACAAAAAAUUAUGAGCAUUUGCUUUGUGCAGCCAGUGUGCUCAGAGACCUCAUUAAAAUCUCGUAGCAACUCUGUGAAGUAGGUCUUAUAAUUAUUAUUGCUAUUUUCCUGAUGAGAAACAGACCUGAGCCAGUGGGUGGUAGAGGAAGAAUUAGAACACAGGACCAUCUUCCAACAGAGUGUGCCAAUGAAGGCAAUUAUUUACUUUAUUUAAUAUCUGGGUGGUGGUUCUGGUUAGCUGUGUCUAUGUAGAAGAGGCUGUUCCGCUCAUUGUUCCUCUUAAAAGAUUUCAUAUCAAAUUAUUUGGAGAAUGUAACAUCUUUUAAUGAAGAAGUAAAAAACUAAGCAUUGUAUGAAUUAUAAGCAUUCAAAUCUAUUGUGCCUUAAAAAUCAAACCUGAGUGAAAGGGUGACUUGGUUUGUCUUUUCCCAGUGGGGUAGGAGCUCUCUGUUGGCUAGGUGUGCCAAUGACAAACGUCUUUCCUAUCUGGAUGGCAGUUCAGUUGACUUACAAAGCCCAAUGAACUUGGAGAAAAGCGGAGUAUCGAGGAAGAAGGACAUAGACUUAAAAGAAAUUGUGUUUGUCAUCCAGAGUCAAAGUAAUUCUUUUCAUGCAAAGAGAGCAGAACAGUUAAAGAGAAGCAUUUUACAACAGGCUGCAGCUCUUACACAGGAACCCCCCAGAGUUCUUCUCACGCAUCAGCUGGUUGUGCAGGAAGGUGGUUGGACCAUUCUUCCGUUGCUGCUGCACUUUUCUCUAACAUACAGCAGAAAUUCAUCAUGGAUUUUCUUCUGUGAAGAAGAGACAAGAAUAAAAAUUCCACAACUCUUAAAAACACUCAGAAGAUAUGAUCCAUCCAAGGAAUGGUUUUUGGGAAAAGCAUUACAUGAUGAAGAAUCUACAAUAAUUCACCAUUACGCCUUUUCUGAAAAUCCUACAGCUUUUAAAUAUCCAGACUUUGCUGCUGGCUGGGCCCUUAGUUUUCCACUUGUAAACAAGCUUACCAGGAGGCUAAAGAGUGAAUCCCUGAAAUCCGACUUUACAAUAGAUUUAAAGCAUGAGAUUGCCCUCUACAUCUGGGACAAAGGCCACGGGCCUCCCCUCACGCCGGUGCCUGAGCUUUGUACAGAUGGUGUGGACCCCAGCUGUGCCACCACAUGCCAGUCUCUGCUGCCACUUUGUGGAAAUCCAGUGAAGAAGGAGGAUAUUUUUGUUGCAGUAAAAACAUGCAAGAAAUUUCAUGGCGACAGAAUACCCAUCGUAAAGCAGACCUGGGGAGGGCAGGCAAGCCUCAUCGAAUAUUACAGUGACUACGCAGAAAGUUCCAUUCCGACCGUCGAUUUGGGAAUCCCGAAUACAGAGAGAGGUCACUGUGGGAAGACAUUUGCCAUUUUGGAAAGAUUUUUGAAUCAUAGCAAUGACAAGAUAGCGUGGUUAGUGAUUGUGGAUGACGACACAUUAAUAAGUAUCUCCAGGCUCCAGCACUUGCUCAGCUGUUAUGACUCCAGCGAGCCCGUGAUUCUCGGUGAACGCUACGGCUACGGACUGGGGACAGGUGGCUAUAGCUACAUCACCGGCGGAGGAGGGAUGGUCUUCAGCAGGGAAGCCGUCAGGAGACUUCUCGCUAGCAAGUGUCGCUGCUACAGCAACAGUGCUCCGGACGACAUGGUGCUGGGAAUGUGCUUCAGUGGCUUGGGCAUCCCCGUGACGCACAGCCCCCUCUUCCACCAGGCGCGGCCAGUGGACUACCCCAAGGCUUACCUUUCUCACCAAGUCCCCAUCUCCUUCCACAAACACUGGAACAUCGAUCCCGUGGAGGUGUACUUCACGUGGCUGGCACCCCGCGAGGGAGCCCAGGCCGGACCAGAGACCCAGCAGCGCUGGAAGGAGGAGCUGUGAGGGCGGCCCUGGGGGCCGGGGCGGGAGGCCGUGGAAGUGGGGCUGGCAUGAGCCGGCUGUGCUGUGUGCAGACUGCCUCCGUGUGCCAGGCGCCUCGGACCCUUCCCGGCUUUACGUGGAAACUCUGUUGUCUGUGUUGAGAGGGGAAAGAGAGGAAUCAUGUAGGGGCACAGCAAUUUUUUUUUUUUUCUGGGAAAAAUCACAUGCUUCUGAAUUACGCAGUUAUCGUAAUGCACAAUGAUUAUUGUGCAUCUUCAGGCUGUGAUGCAGCAGCUUUAUUACUGUCAUGUAAAAUAAAUGGUACUAUAAGUCUCUUCCCUGUCCCCUCUAUUUGUUAAACGAACGUUUCAGUCGGGCAAGACAGUGGCGAGACGUGACUCUCUGCCAUCCCAUAUGUGUAUAUAAAGAACAGUGGAAUUCUUUUGACAUGGGUAUUGCCAGUGGUAUGAACUUUUAAACUGUUAUUGAUGAUGAAGAUUCUUUCCUGGGAACUCAGCAGGAGUGAUGCUAAACAUCCUAAAAGCCUAGAAAUGAAAUCCUCCGUGAUCGGUUACCGCCGUUGUUCUGUUUUCGCUUUUCUUUUGCUGUUUGUGCCUCAUAAAAAGAGAAUGAGAGGACUUCUAGAGCUUUCUAUUUGUUUAGUGGUUUGUCUCUGUUCUAUUUCUCCCCGAAGCCCUAUCUUUAUGGCCUGCUUAUGAUGCAAAAGUAUAUGGAUGCUGGAAAAUAGUGUCCUCAGUAUUUAUCAACAGUGUUGGAGUGUUUUAUUCAAGUCAGUGAGCUCUGUGGAAGUCUCAGGUACUGAAAUGCAUUUGUGACUGAUGUUUUGCCCUUUUUUUUCUCUGAGUGUUCCUGGAAGACCCUCUGCUGACUGAGAACAGAUCACUCCAGGGUACAGCGAGACCCUAAUGGAGGAACAGAAUGUUGGUCUGGCAACUGCUCUGGUUCUUAAAGAAAGAAAUUUGAACAUAGUGUUUUGAAAUACAUCUAACCUUCACAUCAUGUCUUUAAUAUAUGGUAACUUAACACAUCUGGUUUUCAUGUGUAAAAAGUACUCUUUUUUUAAAUGUUUUUAAUUAUAUAAUUCAGUUUUGUAAAAUGAUUUGCAUAAGAUUUGAUUUUAAUAUGUUGUAAUCUAAUUUUGGUAUAGUAAAAUACUUUCCUCUUUUUUUCUUUGUCUCUCUCUCUUUUUUAAAAUAAAAAUGCCUUUCGUCAACUUUGCUUGUAAUGCUUUUAUAGCCAAGCAGAGGGGUUUAAAACCAGACCUCCAAAAGUCAUGUGUGUGUGUGUGUGUGUGUGUGUGUGUGUGUGUGUGUAUGUGUUUCUUAGAGUUGACUCAUUUCCAAAAUAAUGCAAUAGCAUUUACCAGUUCUUGAAACUAGCAGAUACCAGGAUUGGUGUGUUUUGAUGAUAACUGAAUGCAUUGGACUCAUUUUUUUGAGUGUGGAUUUUGUGGCCCAUCCGAGUAAUGGAUCGGAGACCAUCACGUGGGUGAGAGGUGCCGUGGAGAUGUAUUCAUCUCAUCAAGCUGCUGCAGUGGCCUUGGCAUUGCUGCCACAGUAAUGGGGAUUGUUAUCCUUGCUACGUCGCAGUUGCCUGCAUGUCCCCUGUAGUGGCAGCUCCUGGAGGGCCAUGGCCGCCAAGCCAGUGGGGAAGAGUCUUCAGUUAUCUCUACUUGUGCCUACUAAUUGUUACCACUCAGAGAACAGCCUGCUCACCAGGAUUGAGCCUGGCAUCUCUAAACGAAGAUCCCAUGUCGAGCUUUCGUCUGUGUUCUGAUCAGUGCCUUCUGCUGGUGCUGGAGCACUGCGUCUGGUGCUUUUAGGUAUUUUAUUCUUUAUGUUUACCUUUUGGAACUAUGUAAGCCUAACCAUGAAUAAAAUUUAUUUGC